AUGCUGCUCUACACCGCAUCUCGGGCAGUGUCCGGACGUGCAGGGUCCUUGCCAGUCGACACGCCCGACCUGAUCGUACCUGGAUUGGCACACGCUUCCUCUUGGCUACUCGAGGAGGCACCAGAGCGGUUUGACGUCUGCAGAGCUCAAGGCAAAGUUGCCCAGAGUCGCUGCAGCGAGGAGUAUUGCUACUGCUCGCGCAGCCUGUACUCCAGCCGCCUGCGGCAGGCCCCGCCUCCGAUCCGGCCCAGCAGUCUGGACGGCGACUGUUCGAGGAACGCACGGGAAGAGCCGCAGCGCGUGACACUUGACGCCCCGAGGCGGCAUUGUGGCGGAUAA